GUGUUGGCGUUGGUUGGGUCGGGGCUUUCGGCGGCGUCUGGGCUCCGGCCGUACGGGGGAGGGGACGAGGACGACGGAGACGGCAGGGAUGUGGGUGCUGUGGCGUGGCGCAACUACACGGCGAUCGAUCUUGCGACGCCGGACGCCUUCGAGACGAACCCGGCGCUCGUGUGGAUGUUCUACGCGUACCGGCGGCACCGGGCGCUGGCGGCGACGCCCAACGGCGGCCACAGGCUGCUUGCGACGUUGAGCCGGCUGUCCGAGCACGUGGACUUCCUCACGAUCACGCAGAACACGGACGGCCUCCACCAGCGGGCGGGCCACGCUGCGGAGCAGCUGCUCGAGUUCCACGGCUCGCUCUUCGAGCUCCGCUGCACCAGCUUCCUCUGCAGCUACCGCAGCGUGUCCCGCAAGGACCCGUUGACGCCGGCGCUCGACGUCUCGAAGUACGCUGGCGACCCCGCCGCCGCCGACGACGACGACAGCGGCAACGGCGACCCCGCCGCCACGACGCCACUCCCCGCCGUCACGGAGCUCGCCCAGCUCCCGACGUGCCCGCUCUGCACGUCUCUACUCCGGCCGGGCGUGCUCUGGUUCGGCGAGGCGCUGCCGCUGCAGCUCCUCGACCGGGCAGACGAAUUCAUCGUCGACCACCGUGUCGACGUGCUCCUCGUCGUCGGCACGUCCCACAGCGUCUGGCCCACCGCCGCCUACCUCGACCUCGUGAGGAACCAGGGCGCCCGCAUCGCCGUCUUCAACACCGUCCGGGACCCGGAGAUCGACCGCAUGGCCCCGGCGACCCCCGUAUGGCAGUUUGCCGGCGACUGCGCCCACACCUUGCCACAG